CAACAUGCAAAUGUAUGUGCUCAGUGGUCCGUCGUUCACAGGGCUGACUUUGCAUUUUCAGGCUGGUAAGCUCUACCAAGGGCAAAGAGCUACUCUUUCCUUGGACAUCAUCGUCAUGGGAUGUGGGCUUGGUGGUCUUACUGCGGCAUACUGCCUCGCCCAGGCUGACCAUAAAGUAACCAUCCUCGAGGCCGCUCCCACGAUUGGAGAGAUUGGUGCUGGUAUUCAGAUGGGCCCAAAUCUGACCCGCCGUCUUAUCCGCUUGUGUCUGGGUAAGUGCCUUGCUGUCAAGCCCGAAGGAUUGGUCUUCGAGCGAUGGUUCGCCGGCGAGACUGUUGCAUGGUCAAUGCGGGGAGACACUAUGGAGGAGGAGUAUGGGGCCCCUUGCUAUCACAUCCACCGUUCUGAUUUUCAUCGCAUGGUGCUUGAACUGGCAGAGCCUCAUCGUACCAUUCGCAUGAAUUGUCGGGUUUUUUCCAUGGACACGUCAAAACCUACACUCACUCUCGAAUCUGGCAAAGUU